UACAUACAUACAUACAUACAUAUAUAUAUAUAUAUAUAUAUGUAUCAUCGUUGAUUGACUAUGAAUGAAAAUCGUUUAGUUGCCGUUACCUUGUGACCUUGUAAAUCUUGACGAGUGCUUGACGAACUAUAUUAAUGACAUAUAUACCCGGGUACGUGAGUUGCGCGUUUAUUGAAACAAAAAAGAAAAGGAAAAGAGAAAAAAAGAAAAAUAAAUAAAGUAAAGAAAUAAAUAAAGAAAUAAAUAAAUAAUAAAAAGGAAAAGAAGAAAGGAAGAAAAAAUGAUCGUCCUUCGUUGUACCAACGAUUCAAUGUGUUCUCGCGUAAAUAGGAAGUGAAUUGUAUCGUAGAUAUCUUUUUUUUUUUUGGCGAAGGAAGCGACGAAGAAAAAAAAAGGAGAGAGAGAGAGAGAGAGAGAAGAGGAGAACAGAACGAAUACAAAAUACAAGCAAUACAAACGAACGAGCAAACAAACAAAGCGUACAAGCUGUGUCGAGUACUCGAGUGAAAUUAUUCUAUUCGUCUUCGUACGGGAUUUUUGUCUAUUUUCACGAACGGCGAUGGAUUCGCAGCAGCUCGUUGAAACGAGCUCGCAAAAUAGUCAGGACAUCGUCCUGCCUAAACCAACCAGUAGCACGCCACGACACAGCAUCGAUGCCAUACUCGGCCUGGCUAAUCACAAAAGGAAUCAUCAAGAGAUGGAAGACAGUACUCGCGAGUCUCAGGAGAACACUGGUGAGAACAGCUGCAACUCAACUGGCGGUGGUAGCGACGAGGAACUUGGCGCGGGUUGCGGGGACGAUAUUAACGGAAACGGCGGAAAGAAGAAGCAUCGUCGUAACAGAACGACCUUCACCACUUACCAGCUGCACGAACUUGAGAGAGCAUUCGAAAAAUCUCACUACCCUGACGUUUACUCAAGGGAGGAACUUGCCAUGAAGGUCAAUCUUCCUGAAGUUCGCGUUCAGGUGUGGUUUCAAAACAGACGAGCCAAGUGGCGUAGACAAGAGAAAAUGGAGGCUGCCAGGCUUGGUCUAAGUGAAUAUCAUCACGCCGCUAACAUGAGAAAUGUCGGUGGAACAACUCUUGGAUUACCAGGGGAUCCUUGGCUCGCACCGCCAGGACUUUUGAGCGCGCUACCAGGAUUCCUGGCCGCACCGCACACGGGAUAUCCAAGUUAUUUAACGUCCCCGAGACGAUUGCCCUCUCCUCCUAACGUUGCCGCUGUGGCUAAUGCGGUCCCAGGAACAUUGGGAGGUGGAAUGCCAAGCAUAGGAGGAGGUAGUCAUGUCCAACCACCACCUCCGAGUCCACCGGGUCACGACCCUCGUACGACCAGCAUCCAGGCGUUAAGAAUGCGAGCCAAGGAACACGUCGAGAGCAUCACCAAGGGACUUCAAAUGGUCUGAAGUUUAACGUACGACUCGAGAAGAUAACCAAAUGUCCCAUGCACGGCUGAUGGCGAAUUCAUCGUCGCAGUUGUCAUCGAUUACGAGAAAUGGAAAUUACUACGAUCGACGAUUUUUACCAUCAUCGAAAUUUUUCCAUUGAUCGUACAAAUUCCAUCUUCUUCGUUCUUAUAUAUAUAUAUAUAUAUCUUAUAUAUAUACGUUGAUGAAUGAACUUAACUCUUUUGGAUCUUCGAGAAGGGCCCGAAAGCUCUAACAAAAUCGUUCUCCUCGUUUUUAAAGAACUAUAACCGAGGAAUUUAAAGAAGUUAGUACCUGCUUUCGUUGUGUUCGUCGAGAAAGAUCCUGCCGUAAUGACAUUGACGAUGAUGAUGAUGAUGAUGAUGGUGAUGGUGGUGAUGAUGAUGGUGAUUAUAGUGUUGAUGGUGCGCCGAUCGACGAAGUAAUUCGAAAUAAUUCGUUGAUAAAGUAAUUUGUUGAAACGAAGAACAAAAAAGAGACAAAGCUAAGAGAAGAAAAAAAAAUAAGGGGAAAAAAAAAAGAAGAAGAAACGAGAAAGAAAAAAAAUAUAUAUAUAUAUAAAAGGAAAAGGGAAGGGGGAGGGGGAGGAAGAAAGGGACGAAAAGAACGGAGAGAAAAGAAAGAAAAAAAAAGAAAAAAAGAAAGAAGAAAAAGCAAAAGAGAAUUACGAGUCGUGUUUGACGAUAAACAAUUAUUUUCCGAGUAAUGACUUAUCCAUUCGGAAUGAGAGACGAUCAGACGUAUUGUAUCGUUCCACGAUGAUGUGCAAUAUCAAUAAAAGAGUGAAAGGACCUUUCGAGAGAUUUCAUUCGUACUAUGCGUUCAUAUGCUCGUAACAAUAAGUGUGAUCUUAGGAAGGUGGGUGCGCGCAUGUAAGUAUGUAAGUGAAACGAAAUGUUUAUAGGGACUUUUUCGAAAAGAGAGAAAGAAAAAAGAAAGAAAAGAAAAGAAAAGAAAAGGAAAAAAGAAUCGUGGAAAUUUGCAAAAGUUUCUGAAGGCACGACGGAAAAAGGGGAGGAGAAACUGUUGUUGUUGAUGCUGCUGUUGUUGUUGUUGUUGUUGUUUCUUUUUGGUUCUUUUUUUUUCUUUCCUUUCUUCGUUUUUUCUUCUUCUCUUCUUCGUCUUUUUCUUUUUUUUUUUUUUGUUUUUUUUUACUAUUUUUUUAUCAUAAUUUUUUUUCGCAGAAAGAAAAAAGAAAAGCUGCAAAAAGAAAGAAGGAAAGAAAGAAAGAAAACGUUUCCGUUCCCUCGCACUCGAUCAAUUUGAAAGUCGGUGAAGUGUUUUUCUGUGACAAUCAUACUUAAAACGUGUGUAAUACGUGUACGACUACGCAUGUAUCCGACGAUCAAAUGUUUAUACACGUGGAUGUGUUUGUGUGCGCGUGUAUGUAUGUAUGUAUGUAUGUAUGUAGGUGCGUGCGUGUAUGCGUAAGAAAAUAACAAAUCGAGUACGAACGCUCACGUGAAUUGUAUUUCUACUUUGAUUUUAAGAAGAACUUAAGAAUAGAAAAAAAAGAAAAAAAAAAGGAAAAGAACGACGGGAAUCCCCCCAUAAAUAUUUACUUAAUUAUUUCUCGUCGAAAUUUAAACUUUCAAUAUUAAAUCGAUGUUUAAUUCGAUUUGACGGAUCUCAAUCGCGUCGCAUCUAUUUCAAUCCGAAAAAAAAAUUCAAGAAUAGAAUUUUUGGAAUCGAUCGUAAACGUCGAUUCUCGCCAAUAUGGAUCGAGAAGUCGUAUCUCUUGUAAUGGUAAAUAAAAGAAAAGAAUUCUUCCGGUCGUAUAAUUUUAAGCUGCCAGACCGUAUCUCCGAGCGCGAUCGUUUCGAUUCGUCGUUCUCUUCGAGACGACGAACGUUUCGAGAAGGGAGAAAAAGAAAGAAGAAAAAAAGAGAAAAUGAAAAAAAAAAGAAAGAAAGAAAAGGUAACAAGAAGAUUAGAAAUAUCUCUUUGUAGGGCAUAGCUUUGAAAACAAACGAACAAAGUACGAGGAAGAACGGAUUGGUGGAAUAACAUUUUGACAUAAACAAUAUUCUGCAGUAUUAGUACGUUAAGGGAAAAUAAAUAAAUAAAUAAAUAAAUAAA